GUCAACGUGUACUCUGCUGCUGGUGUCUCAGGCGGGCUGUGGAUACCCCCAGCAGUGCAAGCCACCACUACCAAAGGAGCAGUCUGUGAGCUGCCAGCCCUCUGGACUGCCUAGAGAAAACAAGUCUCUCUCUCUAUGCUUGGAAAAGUGCAAAACCUCUGAACACUACAAACCUAUUCGAGAAAGUCAGCUCCCUGUGUACCUGAAUAGGCACUCUGGUCAAAGCAAAUCUUUUUACACAUUUUCCAAAAGCAAGCAUGCCUGCUGAACACUGCGAGGUGUCUGAACUAAUUGAAGCCAUGGAUUCAAAUGAGUCUUCUGCGCAUUCUGCUGAACCCUGCAUUAUUUCGGACGAAAUAAAAAACUCUUUGGACUAUACUGAACACCAAAAGGUCAAUGGACAAAUGGAUCCCGCUGUGCACAGUGUCGAUCAUUACAGCAUGAAUGGAGAACAUGCAGAAGAGAGCAAACCUUCUGUGCAUUAUAAUGGACAUUCUGGGGGCUUUGAGCAAUGCAUCAACAAGCCUUGUGAGGACUAUCCUGUUCUCCACAAGCACACUACUCAGUAUAAGUCUUCUGAGUUAAGCAAAUCAUUUGAAGAAUGUUCUCAACAUUGUGAGUGCUUUGACUUCAGCAAGUCCUCUGAGCACUGUGCUAAUGUAUUUAGCCAACACUGUGAACAUUUCACAGAAUGCUUCCAGUCAUCUGAACAAUGCAAGUCUUCUGAUCAACACUGUAACUCCUUUGAGUCAAGUGAACCUGCUGAGAACUCUGAGUUUUUAGAGCAAUGUAAGAUAUCUGACUUCAUACCUGAUAUCUCUGAACCGAAUGAAUCAAUCAUAACAUUUGAGCACUGUACUGGAAUUUGUGAGUAUUCAGAAAAAUACAAUCAUAUUGAACACUCAGCAGAAUAUAAUGAGACUACAAAGCCAUUUGAUGAGAAUUUAAAGCCCUCUGAGCCAACAGUUCAACAAAUUGAAAUCUGUGGGCUUUUUGACUCUGAGUUUUGCAUUAUAUUAGAACCUAUACGUUCUUCAGAUUUGAACAUGCCUUCUCAACACUAUGCUGAACAAGAUGCUCCCAAUGAAAGUAGACAGAUCUCUGAAGUUCAUGAACCUUCUGAGCAAACUCUGCUUGCUGAACAAAGCAAUCAUCAAUCUGCUGAAUAUGAUAUAUCCUCUGGACACUGUGAACUGCAAAACACUCUCUAUGAGCAAAGAGAGACAAGUCUGCAGUGUGAACAGUCUGAGCGAUGUAAUUCUUGUGAGAGCUAUCUUUGUCAACAUCAAAGCACAAAUGACAAAUGCUAUGAGCCUAGCAGUUCAUUUUAUUAUGAGGAAGACAAGUCUUCUGAGUGCUCAUCCAUUGAAACAAGGUCUUUUGAAUCUUUGAUAUAUGACAGUAUAAAUGCAGACCCAUUAACUGAUUCAGUUGAAUCAUAUGAAGCAUUAGUGGAAGAAGGAGCACAGGACAAAUCCAGUGAUGAUCAAACUCAACUCUAUUCAGAGAUAUGGGAAUCAUUUGAUAAUUGUGCAGAUGUGGUAGAAUUUGAGGAAAGCAAUGCUGAUGAAGACAAACCUCACUCGGAUGCAGUGGUUGUUGAGGAAUUCUUUGACUUAUUUGAUAAAGAGGAUACUUGUGCUUUUGCUCAAAGGCGACCUUAUACCUCCUGUUUUGAAGGGGGAGGGGUGCAUGAGCUGUUUUUCGAACAACACAAAACUCAUGUGUCCAUUAUGAAUGUGGAAGAAACACAAAUGCCCUGCGCAAAAAAAAGGCUUGAAGUUUUUAGUCAAGAAGUGGAAGAAGUUGAUGAAUCUUAUGAUGCUUGUGCUGAGGAUAGCCAAUUUAAUGUAGACUGUGCUGAUGAUGAGGCAUCAGCCUCUGGAUCCUUUGCAGAUGAGGAAUCAUGUGAAUCUUGUUUUGAAGAAGCCACAGCUUAUGAAGUUGAGUUGUAUGAAGCUUUUGUAGCAGAAGACAAUGCUAUAGAGGCUGAGGCCUAUGAGCCCUUUGUUGAGGAAGAUGAACUUUGCUUUGCUGAAAAUAAAGCUGGUGACGCUCAGGUCAAUGGACCCUUAGUUGAUGAGGACAACAAGUACGACGAACACAGUGCAGAGGAAGCUUCUCAUGGAUCCUCUUCUGACGUGUCUUCUGUUGAAGAUGAAGAAGCAUAUGAGGGUCAAAAAGAUCAAACUGGUGUACCAUGCUUUGAAGAAGAGAGAAUCUGUGAUGAAGAAAUCCAGACAAUAUGCAUCGCAGAAGACAAAUUAUACAAAGCUUAUGGAUCCUAUGAGCCGUGUGAUAAAGAUUGCGAUGCAUAUGGCAGUGAACAUACACAAUUCUCAACCGAAGGGGAAAAUAAUGCACUAUGCACUGAGGCCUGUGAACCAAGUGCUGAAGAGCACAAUGAAUAUCAACGUGAAGCCAAUGAAUCUAAUGUUAAUCAAGAAGCUAAUGGAUUCUGUACUGAAGAAGACUCUCAUGAUCGGUGUAAUGAAAGAUUGGAUUAUGCCAGCACUCCUGAGUCUGAUGGAGUCUGCACUGGGGAGGGAAAGAAUGAUGCUCCAUGUGCUGAGGAGAAUGAAUCUCCCGAAUCGUUUGAGGUUAUAACGAAAGACACUGCAUUAUGCACUGAAGGAAGCAAACCAGCUAUGCCUGAUGGUAUUGAAUUCAAUUGGGAUCAAACUGAUUCCUCCACAACCUCUUCCGAAGAGAUAGAUGAGCAAAACAUGUCAUCUGAAUUGUGUGAGCAGCUGAACACACCAUAUCUGUCUCAGAACUGGGAGGAACACAAUGGGGUCUCAGAUCAUCUCCAACGCCCAGAUUCAGAGGACCUUUCAGAGCAGGUGUCUGAGAAAACAAGUCUCCCUCUCGAUGGUGCUGAACAUAGUAAAGACUCAAUAGACAGCGAGCCACUUGCACAUCAUGCCGAACAAACAGAGCCCUCUGAACAAAGUGAGCUGGAUGAGAAAACGGAGUCGCAUGAAUUUUUUAAGAUUGUGGCCUCUGAACAACUUAGAGAUGAGUCUGAGGAGGAGCUGAGUGACGAGGAGCCCUUGCAGUCCUGUGAAUGCGAGUACUGCAUCCUGCCUAGAGAACAGGUCCCGGCAAAACCUCUGCUACCUCAAAUCAAGUCAAAAGACUCAGGGAAGAUCUGUGUGGUGAUUGAUUUGGAUGAAACGUUAGUGCACAGUUCAUUCAAGCCUAUGAACAAUGCUGAUUUGACCAUUCCAGUGGAAAUUGAUGGAACCAUUCACCAGGUGUACGUGUUGAAGCGACCCAAUGUGGAUGAGUAUCUCAAAAGAAUGGGGGAGUUGUUUGAGUGUGUUCUGUUCACUGCCAGUUUAUCCAAGUAUGCCGAUCCCGUCUCCGACCUGCUGGAUAAAUGGGGUGCCUUCCGACACCGUCUCUUCCGCGAGUCCUGCGUGUUCCACCAAGGAAACUAUGUUAAAGACCUGAGUCGGCUGGGCAGGGACCUCAACAAAGUCCUCAUAGUAGACAACUCCCCAGCCUCCUACAUCUUCCACCCUGAUAAUGCUGUCCCCGUAACAUCCUGGUUCGACGACAAGGCAGAUACAGAGCUACUAGAUCUCAUCCCACUCUUCGAGAGACUAAGCAAAGUGGAUGAUGUCUACAAUAUUCUCAAACAGCAGAGGACUGCAAGCUAGUGCGUAAUAAGACACCGGCGGCAACUUUUCACCACAGGGGGCCAUGGAGGAGGCUGGUGGGCAACAGGCUUCAAGUUUCUUCCCACUAGAAGGACCAGCUAGUGUCUCUCGGUCAUUGUCAUCCUCCAAAUUCCAUUCACACAAACGUGAUAGAGAGGCCACUCAGUUUGGCAGAGAGACUUAACUAUGAGGAACUGCUUCAUGGCAAACAUUGUAAAGAAUGGUGUCAGUUAUCUUUUCACAUUCGAUGCGGUAAUCACCUCUUGGUUAUGACUUUUGGCAAAAUAAAAUGUGCUAACUUUGAAUAAUUCUAGUACAGUGUCCAGGUGGGGAAAUGGUUUGUAAUCCAUAUGCUGGAGAUGUAUGUGUGAAAUUUCGUUCUAACAAGCAUAAUGUAUUCUUCUGUUCUUUCACGUACUUGAACUAUACUUUUUUAAAUGCAAUAUCAUAUUGCAAGUCUAACAUUUAACCUGUACAGUCAGUUGAGUAGGUUGUCUUUUCAUAGCUCCUUGUAUUGAUGCCUUGUAACGAUUGUAAUUUUCUUUAUGACACUUCCUGACGUGUUUGCUUGCGAGUGUACGUGACUACGUCUCUGUGCAUGCGGGUCUGCGUUACCUUUAAAAUACAAUUCAGCAAUAAUUUGACAAGAUAUACAUCUUUAAAUACCAAAAAUAUUUUAAUGACUAUAAUCAUUUGCUGUUUUUUUCACUGCAUGCAACAAGAGCGUUGACAUCCAUGUAAUGAAACUGAAGCUGCUGGUUAAUUAAAAGAAAGAACUAUAAAAUGAUUUGUACUUUCCCACAAUAAAGCAUGAUUUAUUGAAAGA